AUGGUUGCUUCUUCCCUCUUGCUCGCUCUGGUCCCACUGGCCGCCGCCGGUCCGCUGGCCGCCUGCAAGCCCCCGACCCAGACCCAGACCCAGCCUCAGCAGACCUGCACCGCGCCUCGCGGCAACAUCACCGUCCGCCAACCCGGUCUGUACCCCGAGAACGCCGAUUACGAUCCCAAGAGAUGCGUCGCCUACGUCGGCCACCUGUACGAGAGCGUCAUCUCCGUCUGGGAUCCCGCCAAGAACGAGAUUCUUGAGGUCAUUGAGCUUCCCGACAUCUCCCACAACCCCGCGUUCCACGUCUCCGGCGUCCAGGUCGACGUCAAGCACGACAAGCUCUCCAUCAGCGCCAACGCCGGCGCCGCCUUUGACACCUCUGGCGUCGACAUUUCCGGCACCAACUUCCUAGUCCAGUAUGACCUCACCAAGCGCGAGGUCGAGUGGAAGAGAAACCUCACAGAAAUCUCCAAGGGCAUCUACGGCGGCUUCCAGGACAUGGAGCACGACCCCGAGGGCAACAGCUUUGUCAUUGGCACCUUCCCCAGCAGCAUCAUCAAGGUCAGCGCCGACAACUCAAAGGCUGAGCCCUGGUUUGUCGACGUCGGCAAGAACACGACGGUGCACGGCUACACCGGCAUCGCCGCCUUCAACGAGGGCCGCAACAUCCUCGUCAGCGACGGCGAGCGCGGCCAGAUCCUGCGCUUCGACACCUCGGCCGAAAAGGGCGAGCCCGUCGUUGUGACCCUCAAGAGCGGCACCGAGCCCAUCGGCGGCGACCUCGACGGCGCCAUCCUGCCCUCCAUCUACGAGAACAAGGUCUUCCUCGUCUCCGACAAUACCCUCGGCACGAUUGUCCUCCGCUCCGAGGACAACUGGGAGACGGCUGAGAAGGUCGGCGUCGUCCCCAACCGUCUUGGAUCCGUCAACGGCUUUGCCGUCGCCACUGUCCAGAUCGUCGACCGCAUCUAUGCCGUCACCGAGUGGUUCCUGGACAACGCCCCCGGCGGCUCCCUCAACAGAACCGCCUUCCCCUUCGAAGACAUUACUGAUGAUAUCAACAAGCUGCUUGCUUAG